ACGAGUGGAAGAAGCCCUCUUCUUGCGCAACCAAGGAGGCAUUUUUCGUCUAUUUCAAGCAGCCAGCAGGCAUCUCUAUGGUCACACGGGAUUGGGACUGCAAUGGGAAAGAGAAGACUCUCUUCCGGGACGGCCGUUGGCAAGGUCCCAAGCUGCUGACAAUGGCAGCCAUAUUUGACAUCAGCAAGGGCGUCUACACAUUCAGCAUCAUGACCAUGGCAGCACCAGAAUACAUGGCAUGGCUGCAUGACAGGGUGCCUAUGGUCCUCGAUGGCGAAGCUGCUGUGGCAACCUGGCUUGACCCAUCCCUUGACACUAAAAAGUUGAUUGAAUCAAUCAUGUUUCCAACGACGCUUAACUGGCACCAGGUCGGAAGUAAAGUUGGGAACGUCAACAACAAGGGCAUGGACUGCGUUCUCCCCGUUAACAAGAAGGAUAGCAAGCCAAAGCCAACCAUGAUGGAUGCCUGGCUUUUCAAAACGAAGGCAAAUGAAGCUGGGCCUAGCACAAGCACCAGAAUACAAAGCCAGUCACCUCUGAUGGCUCAACCAAAGAAUGAGCCAGUACUGCAAGUGAAGAAAGUGGUGGGGGUGCAAGAAGCAGUGAUACGAGUCAAGGAAGAGCCAGCUGUCCAAGAAAAACAAGAGGCAGGUGUUCAAGGCAAACAGGCAUCGGCGAAGCAGCCAGCAACUCAAAUGAAAGUGGAGGUGAAGGGGGAAAUGAAGGCAGAGUCAAUUAUGCAACUGAAGGAGGAGCCAGGAGUGGAACCAAAGAAAAGGAGAUUGGACUGAUGGGGAAAAUGUCCAGCUAAGAGAUCAGGUCUGGAAAUAUUCCAGCUGUCUUUCUUUUUUUUUUUUAGUAGCACUUGAAUGCUGUUCAAAUGACUGUUCAGCUGAUCCUUUCUUCUUUUUCUGUAAUGCCUGUAUUUAUAUUAACAGUGCAUAAGUACAAAGUACCUGAAUACUACUGUAAUUUUACUGUGAUAUUUUAAAUUGUUUUAAUGGCAAGGACUAUAAGCCAUAGCCAUUUUAUUGCACACUGUACAGCAGUGCUGUCAUGUUAUGCACAAAUAUUCUUCUUGAAAGAUAUUAACACCGUUUUUUUACUGUACUACAAAGCUUUUAAAACAGUAUGUUUAA